AUGUCGGGGAGCGCCCGGCACAAGGCACCAUUCCUUCGGACUGCGGCGGCCCUGUGGUUGUUGGGCUGCCUGCUCUCACUACAUGCAGCCAGCUUUGUGGCUGUCGGCCGCCAGCAGAGGCAGCCUGAUGCGGCAAGGGCCAGUCAGCCAGACCGUGGUCCAGGAGAGGGCAGUGUCAUCGUGGCUUCCCGAGAUACAGAGGGCAAAGCCGAGACUGAGGCACCUCGCCGGGGUGUCCGCUUGGGAGGUGCGCGAGCCAAGCCCGGCCCAGCAGUCCCCAAGCCUGACAAGCCCGAGGAGUCGAAGUUUCCGCUGGCAGCAGCCGGCGGAGCAGCGCUAGCGGCGAUCCUCUUUGCUCUUUCCCAAGGCUCGAGCCCCCAAGCAGAUGGAAUGCCCAGGGACGCGUACUACGUCUCCUCCAGCAGCUACGUGAUUCAGAGUGUCCGGGAUGAGUCCGGCCAGCUCCAGACCAAAGUGGACGAAAAUCGUGGGCUUUGGACCAACAUCCCAGGGCUCAAAGGCGGUCAGCGCUCCUCCUCCUCGGAAGCCAGCCAGCGGCUGCGCGAUGCACAGCAGGAGAUGCGGCAGACGCAGGCGCAGAUCGACCAAGCCAUGGAUGAAAUGAAUCAGGAGAUGGCGGCUGCCUUUGGAUCGCCUUUGGUGGGCUUGUACCCCUACUGA